AUGAGCAAUUGGGAAAUUGCAAAACCGGAAACGGAAAAUUUAACACUAUUUACUACAUAUCUGAUCAUUGACAAGAUACUCAACCUUUGUUUCUCAGUGGUCCCUGAGAUACAGCUGCUCAGUGCUGCUGCCUUCCUUCUGGUUUACCUGGCUGCGUUUCUGGGGAACAUCUCCAUCGUGGCCGCCGUGAUGCUGGACGCCCGACUGCACACGCCCAUGUACUUCUUCCUCAAACACCUCUCCUUGGUGGAUAUCUGCUCCGUGUCCUCCACCCUGCCCCGGGCCCUGGUGGCCACCCUGCUGGGCUCGGGGCAGAUUUCCCUCCAUGCGUGCACGUCCCAACUCUUUUCCUUUGUCUGCCUAAGUCUGCAGUGUUUUCUCAUCACCUCCAUGGCUUAUGACCAUUGUCUGGCCACCUACAGGCCCCUGGUGUACGGGGCAGCCAUGAGGCCCCGGACCUGCGUCUCCGUGGUGGCGGCCUGGGGCAGCGGGCUCCUCUUCUCUGCCUCCCUAACCAACACCUUCUCCCUGCUCUUCUGCAGCCCCAACGUGAUUGACCACUUCUGUGACAUCCCGCUACUCAUGCGCCUAGCCUGUGCCGACACAAGUGUCCACAACACUGCAAGAUUUGCAGCCAGCGGUUGUGCCAUCAUCAGCUGCUUCAGCCUCACUGUCCUGUCCUAUGUGCACAUCUUGGCCAUGGUGGUUCAGAUCCGCUCAGCAGCCAGCCGCUGGAAGGCCUUCUCCACAUGUUCCUCCCACCUGGCCACCGUCCUCCUGUUUUACGGCACUGGCAGCUCUGCCUACAUGCAGCCCACCGCGCGAUAUUCCCCAUAGCAAGGGCGUCUGGCUGCCGUCUUCUACUGCAUCCUCAUGCCCACCCUAAAUCCACUUAUCUACAGCCUGAGGAACAAGGACAUGAAGGGAUCCCUGCGGAAGCUGUAUCUUCAGGUGCCACCUUAG